GAUAAGAGCAAAAGAUGAGCGGGGCACACUCGCGAAAAUAGAUUCACUUUAAAACAUGCAAUGACACAGAAGAGAGAGUCAGAGGCAGAGUAAAAGUGGCAGAGGGAGUAACCGAGAUAGACGGGAAGUCUCUCACAGUGAGAAAUACUGAGUUAGUCACCUGUAAGCCUCUCAUACACAGCGUUCAGUGACAGAAGUGAAGGAGCGAGAGAAGCACAGGAAAAGGGUAGCUGUUGUAACUUUGUAGAUUCCUGAUGGCGUCUGGUUCAGCCAGCAGGGCGGAUGACCUGCCACCAGCAUUGCCUGUCAAACAGCACAGGAGUCAUUCUUUCAGUCGCUCCAGCGUGGAGUCUGACUGCCUCAUCCCCAGCCCUGCUGGACUCCAGCAUCAAAACUACGCAUACAAUGAUGUCUUCCCCGAACCUACUGAUUGUCAUGCAGCUCAGUGCCCCAUACACCAGCGCUACGAUCCCUCUCGACACCAGGUGAGAUUUUUCUCCGAUGGCACCCCACCGCCUGUGCCAAAGAAGAGGUUAGCUCGCACCCUCUCCCUCCCUGGCACCAAUGCGCCUCCACUUUCUCCUUGGUCUCCCCUCUCUCCACUGCAGAGGCACCCUAAGAACUUUGACAACCCUUUGUACAUGCUGGCUCACAUACGUGACAGCUGUUUCCAUCAGGAGACAGGAGAGGUUAGGCCAGAUAGAAGGAGUCCUGCACCCUUACCGACCCUCUCCCAGCUGUCCUUUGACACUCCAGAUGAACAUCUGCCCUACCACUUCAGCAGCUUUGAUGACCAGAGGGUUGUUUCUCAGGGGAUUCAGCAUCGCCAUCUACUCUUUCUGAGAAGUAUGGCGAAGAGUAUGGAGGCUGGGAUCCUGCUGCAAGGAGAGGUAUCAGAGGAGGAUGUCAGCACAUACCAGCCUCAGGAUUUCCUGCUGAAUGAGGGCAGCCAGGCAAAGCAGAUUGGAGACACUGUUUACUACAGCCUGCGCAGCCCCAAGUUCCCAGGAAGGGCACUUGGUUUAAGGGUACACAAACCGACUGAUGAACUUCCCUCGGCUCACACCGAACACCAGCCAUCACAUGUCAACGUGCAAAAUGUUAUCGCUCAUUUCCAACCCAGCAACAGUCUGAGGGGUGACUGCAGCACAUUACAAACUCAAGAGCCCUCCUGUCCUUUCAUGUCAGACUGCACUGCUGCCAAACCACCAGGUGGAGGCAGCACCGAGUUCACCACAGAUCCUGUAAACAUUAAUCUGACCUCAGUUCAGUCUUUACUCCAGAAAGGACAGACUGUGAGCGUUGAGAGAGACGUGCCGCAUGUCACUCUAGAGGACUUUGUUCAGGACAGCAGCUCACUGCAGACCUCAGAUUGUUUGGUUUAUGACAGACAGGUGUGUGUUCUGUUGCUGCAGAUAUUAAUGGGCUCACAACAUCUGUACAACACCAGUGCCGCUGCAGCUGAGCUUAGACCCCGGGAGAUCUUUCUAGUGUGGCCCAGCACGGAGAGGGAUGAAGAAGGAAACAAGCUAGAGCAGGAUGCUUCUGACACAAAGAAAAGUUUCAAGUCCAGCAGACUGAAAGAAGAGAUGGAGUGUGAAAAGACAAAUAAAAAUGGGAGGAUCCAGAUGUUAUGGACAACGCGAGGCUCCCCUCGUGUAGUGUUAAGCCCACAGUCUUCUGCUCUGUCCACACCUCACCCCCUUGCCUCCAUCAAAUCCCAGAUUGAAGCCCUAAUUCAAUACUGCUUGGCCCCACAAGAGAGCUCAACAUCUCUGGACUCUAGUCCAAGUCUGUCCAAAUCCUCAUACCGAAAGAGUCUUCUUCAUUUGUCCUCUCUGCUCAAGAGUGGGAGCAGCGGGCCCCAGAUUACAGACAUGGUGGCCACGCUUCAGGUGCUCCUCUGGGGCCCCCGUUUCACACCCUUCCAUAAUAGAGGCUCCACAACAACAGAGGUACACAACUGGCUGACAAUCAAACGGGCCCUGCUGGUGAUGAAGCUGGCAGAGAGAGGACUGAUCCAAGAUCAGUCUGCUCUGGAUUGGGAGGACUGUAUGUGCCUGCAGUACCUGUCAUUUACAGACCCUGAGACGAUUGUGAGUGUGACCAGUCAGCAUGUGUCCAUCUUGAAAUGAAAUAAAUGACUCUUGGGUUGCUACAAACAUAAAAAACUAUGUUUGUUCACACACACAUAUAUAUAUAUAUAUCCACUGGUCAAACACAAAGUUAGAG